AUGGGGCCCCCGGGCAAUAGGGGAUCAUGGGGCCCCUGUGUCCUUGCCCAAACUCAAAAAAGCCUAUGAAAAAGGUACCAGGGGCAUCUCAUGGGGCCCUCUACAGACCGAGUUUCCAAAUGAUAACAAGCACAGCAUGCCAUGGGAAGGCCUGCAGAAGCUCGGCAUGGAGGGGACCAGGGGCGGACUGACAACUCAUGGGGCCCCCGGGCAAUAGGGGAUCAUGGGGCCCCUGUGUCCUUGCCCAAACUCAAAAAAGCCUAUGAAAAAGGUACCAGGGGUAUCUCUUGGGGCCCCCUACUGACCCCGGGCCCUCAGGCAAUGCCCGAGUUUCCAAAUGGUCAGUCCGCCCCU